CUGUCGGUGUCCCCAUAAUUUCUCCAUUUCUUUAAGCUGCCGGCAAGGCAAACAGCUCCCAGAAACCCUAACCCCCAAAUUCUCCUCCCUCCCUCUCACUGCCACCAGUCCACCAUUCAUCGCCGGAUCAAUCGAGCCAAUUCGAAGCCGGUCGCCGAUUGGGAGGUCCCUCUCGUCAAUGGCGGAGGACAGGGGCGGCGGCGACGGCCGCGGGGACGACGUGAGGAGCGCGGCGAGCGAUUACUCGUCCGAGGACGAGGGGACGGAGGACUACAGGAAGGGAGGGUACCACGCGGUGCGGGUGGGCGACGCCUUCAAGAACGGGUGCUACGUGGUGCAGAGCAAGCUCGGGUGGGGCCACUUCUCCACCGUGUGGCUCGCUUGGGACACUCAGAUAUCGCGUUAUGUAGCUUUAAAAGUCCAAAAGAGUGCUCAGCAUUACACAGAGGCUGCAAUGGAUGAGAUAAAGAUUCUCAAGCAGAUAGCAGAGGGAGAUCCCGGUGACAAAAAGUGUGUGGUGAAGCUUUUGGAUCACUUUAAGCACUCUGGGCCAAAUGGACAGCAUGUUUGUAUGGUUUUCGAGUACCUGGGGGAUAAUCUCUUGACCCUUAUCAAGUAUAGUGAUUAUAGAGGGGUUCCUCUCAACAUGGUUAAAGAACUCUGUUUCCAUAUUUUAGUGGGUCUGGAUUAUUUACAUCGACAGCUUUCUAUCAUACACACUGAUCUGAAACCGGAGAACAUCUUACUUUUGUCAAUGAUCGAUCCAUCUAAAGAUCCCACAAAAUCAGGUGCUCCACUUAUUCUCACAAGCAAGGAUGAGGCAGCACGAGUAUCUGCUAUUUCCAAGGAGACUAAGAGCGGGAAUGGGAGUUUAACUAAGAAGCAAAAGAAGAAGAUCCGAAGGAAGGCCAAGAAGGCUGCUCAAGGCUGUGUGGCAGAGGAAGUUUGUGAGGAGGGAGAUUCUAAAGCUUUUGAACCAGCAAGUAGUAACAAUGAUGAGAAAGAAUCUGAAGAUUCCGUCGAUGUGCAAUCUCAUGAUUCUUUGAACAAGGAUGAUUCAGCUAAGAGUGAUGACAAUAAGGAUGCCUGCAAAGGAAAUACACAUCAUAGAAGUAGGAGUCGAGCGACAAGGCAGAAGCUCCUGGCAGAAGUUGAUCUCAAAUGUAAAUUGGUUGAUUUUGGAAAUGCUUGUUGGACUCAUAAACAAUUUACAAAUGACAUUCAGACAAGACAGUACAGGUGUCCAGAGGUUAUCUUGGGUUGUCGAUAUUCAACUUCUGCAGAUUUAUGGUCCUUUGCUUGCAUUUGCUUUGAGUUGGCCACUGGCGACGUCCUCUUUGAUCCUCAUAGCGGCAAGAACUACGAGCGUGAUGAGGACCAUUUGGCUCUCAUGAUGGAACUUCUCGGCGUGAUUCCCCGUAAGAUUGCAAUAGGCGGUCGAUACUCUCGUGAUUUCUUCAACAGAAACGGUGAGUUGAGACAUAUCCGCAGAUUACGUUUCUGGCCUCUUAACAAGGUUCUCCUAGAAAAGUACAAAUUCAGUGAGCAGGAUGCAAAUGACAUGGCCGACUUUCUUCUGCCCAUACUUGACUUUGUGCCUGAAAAGAGGCCUACAGCUGCCCGAUGCCUUGUUCAUAAGUGGAUUUCUGGGAGUCCUCGAGUUAUUCAGCUUUCCACAGCUGGUAACAAUGUUUCACAUGAAAAGGAGCAGAAGGUUGAAAGGGAAGCAAUGGAGCAUGGCGUGGGGGAAUUUGAAGUCAAUGGAGCCCCCAAGCAACAAGUGGAAACUAUAACUUCAUCCGAUGUGACCAAAUAGACAUGACUAGCCUGUUUGGUUUGUCUCGUGUUCUAGUCUGUCCCUCUGCAUUCACACAAAUCGUCUGAGCUCUUACUGGAAAUUUUGUGGGACGUAUAUAGAUAUAAGUAGUGGUCACCCUUGCUUGAAGCUCUAUUGAAGUUGCAGAUGGUUACUGUGAAAAAAAUUUUGAUGAAGUAAUGAGAAGUAAAUCACCCGCCUAUCUUAUUCUCCA